AUGUAAAUAGGAGAGACUAUGUUCCUGGUUCCUUAAUAACACAUCAAAGUCACUUACAUGCCCUCAUAUUUCGUACUUUUGUAGUUGAAACGUUGAACAAAUGAAGUAGUUCGGUGGUGUUACAUAUUUUUGCAAAAGCAAUGUGUGAAAAUCCAAAAGUAGUUCUCCCAACUCCUCCAUCACCCAUGACUCGUUUUAUUUUAUUUUAUUUUUCAAAAAUAAAACAAUGAAUAAUAAUUCCCAAAUAAAAAAGGAACUACCUUGUAAAAUAUUGGAACCUUCCCAAACCGGACUUCUCAACAACCCAACCCCACCACCAACUCCUAUAAUAACCCAUCUUCUUCUUCUCCCCCUCAUCAUCAACCUAGAGUUCAUUCUCUCGCAAGGCCUUUGUGGAGAUAUAUUACAACAACAACACAAUUCCCUGGCCAGACUUGGAUUAAAGGUUUGGUUUUUGAUUCAUUUUGACACAAACCCAUCUCAGAUCAACAAUUUUUAAGUCCCUAGCCAUUUUCUUUAGGGACUAAAACCGACCACCAUGGCCGGGAAACUCACAAGUCUAGUAGUUCUUCUCUCUGUUUUUUCGACUCUGUUUUUAUCAUCCUCUGCUCAAACAUGUAAGAGCUACAACUUCGCAAGAAACCAACAGUUCCAGGAGUGCAAUGACCUUGCCGUUCUGAACUCGUUCCUCCAUUGGACGUUUGACUCAACAACAGGGAAACUCAACAUGGCUUACCGUCAUACCGGGGUAACAAGUUCCACGUGGGUGGCAUGGGCUAUCAACCCCAGCAACAACUUGGCAUCAGCCAUGCCCGGGGCUCAAUCUCUUGUGGCUUACCCACGAUCGAGUGGUGGCCCGAGAGUGUACACAUCUCCAAUCGGCCAAACUUAUCAGACAUCGUUGGCUGAGGGGAAUCUCACUUACCCAGUUACGGAUUUAUCAGCUACUUACCAGAACAACGAAAUGAUUAUCUUUGCAACUUGGACUCUUCCAACAACAACGAGUACCAUCACCCAGGUUUGGCAAUCGGGUCCUCUUUCAGGUACCACAAUUGGACCACAUCAAACAUCAGGAGAUAAUACUAGGUCAAAAUCCUCUUUGAAUCUUCUUUCCGGUCAGUCUCAAUCCGGAGGGGGCAGCUCUACACUCAGGAAAAGAAACACCCACGGAGUACUGAACGCUGUGAGUUGGGGUAUAUUGAUGCCCAUGGGAGCUGUAAUAGCAAGGUACUUGAAGGUAUUCAAAUCAGCAGACCCAGCAUGGUUUUACCUCCACGUCACUUGCCAAACCUCUGCAUACAUAGUCGGAGUCGCCGGUUGGGGAACUGGUCUGAAACUCGGAAGUGACUCAGUUGGCAUCACACAAAACCCUCACAGGAACAUUGGAAUCGCCCUUUUCUGCCUGGGAACCCUUCAGGUUUUCGCUUUGCUCUUGAGGCCCAAGAAGGACCACAAGUACAGACUCUACUGGAAUAUCUAUCACCACACCAUUGGGUACGCAGUCAUCAUCCUCAGCAUCAUUAACAUUUACGAAGGUUUCGAUAUCUUGCAGCCUGAAGAAGUGUGGAAGAGAGCUUACACAGGGAUUAUCAUUGGUUUGGGCGCUGUUGCCGUAAGCUUGGAAGCUUAUACAUGGUUUUACGUACUGAAGAAGAAGAAAACAGAGAACAAGGUCCCUUAUGGUGCUAAUGGAAAUGGGGCUAAUGGCUACGGUUCACAUGUAUAGAGAGUAGUUAGUUGGGUUUAGUUGCCUUAAUGGAGGAGGAUAUGGGUCCUUUGCUGCUUUCUAAAUCUUCCUCUCUUCUCUCAUCUUUUUCUUAUAUAAAUAUAUAAUAUAUAUAUUUUUUAAAUUGCAAUUUUUAUUUUAUUUUUUACACCCUUUUGUAUAUUUAGUGAAUGAUUUAUGUACUUGAGGGAGGUCUGAACUGGGGGUUCAGUUUUGAAGGUUAUUGUUUUGGUAGAGUAGUUUUUUAGGACUUUCAUUAUGUGCUUUUGAGAGAGUAUUUUUUAUCCACAUUUGUCUUGUUAUUUCAGAGGGUACAUAUAUGUCACUAUAUAUUUAUACUUGCUUUAAUAUAUACUUUUCAUCUUUAUUGUCUA